UCCUGAAUUUAGGUUACGAUUGUCUGUGAUAUAGUGCCAUGUAAAUCAGAUCCUCGAUCACAAAGCACGCUAUACAAAGAUAUUGGAGUGACUUUCGCUACCACUAAACAGUGAAGACAACCAUUUGCUGAAGGCUUGCCUUGACACUAACUAUGGACUAUUGGAGUGCCUUGGAGGUAUACAAGGAGAUGCUGUUGCUCUACCUGGAGGAAGGCAGGCGGCUUGUGAACACCAACUGUGAGGCGUUGGAACCAUGGCAGAUCAUUGGAGCCACUCUCAUAUCUACCUUAGGAGCAGUCUGGGUCAAAGGCUUCCUGUUUCAGCAAGAAACCCUGACAUCCCGAAUCAAGAAGCAGUGCUUUCGACUCAUCAGAAACAUACCCUUUGUUGGCGCGGCAAUCCAGACCCAGCUGAACAAGGCCCUGGAUGACAUGUCUGUCAGUCUUUGCACACUGAAGGAGGGCAUGAACUACACCAAACAGCUGCCUGAACAAGGGCUAACGCAAGCUGAAGUUCUAGACAGGAUCAGCGAGUACGAAACACUGAAUGAAGUGGAUUGGGAGAAUGGACGAGUGUCCGGUGCAGUGUACUGGGGAGAUCAGACACUUACCAAACUUUUGGUGAAGGUGUAUGGAGACUUUGCAUGGAGCAACCCACUUCACCCAGACAUCUUUCCUGGUGUGAGGAAGAUGGAGGCAGAGGUUGUAAGAAUGACAUGUACCCUCUUCAACGGUGGGCCCAACACUUGUGGCACAGUCACCUCUGGAGGAACUGAAAGCAUAUUGAUGGCAUGCAAGGCGUACAGAGACAUGGCCUAUGAGCGAGGUGUGAAACAUCCUGAAAUCAUUGCACCAAUCAGUGUCCAUGCCGCCUUUGACAAAGCAGCAAACUACUUUGGAAUGAAGCUUGUUCACAUCCCCCUGGACAAAAAUACAAUGAAAGUGAAUGUUAAGGCGAUGAGGAGAGCUAUCAGCAAGAACACAGCCAUGCUUGUAUGUUCCGCACCCCAGUUCCCGCAUGGAAUCAUUGAUCCUAUUGAGGAAGUAGGAAAGCUGGCUUUAAAGUACAACAUCCCUCUGCAUGUGGAUGCUUGUUUGGGAGGGUUUCUCAUCGUGUUCAUGGCCAAAGCCAAUUAUCCACUGGCUCCCUUUGACUUCAGGGUAAAGGGUGUGACCAGUAUAUCUGCAGACACACACAAGUAUGGCUACGCCCCUAAAGGUUCAUCAGUGAUCCUGUAUAGUGACAAGAAGUACAGGCACUACCAGUACUUUGUGGCUCCAGACUGGCAAGGGGGCAUCUAUGCGUCCCCAUCAGUGGCAGGAUCUCGGCCAGGCGGUAUCAUUGCAGCGUGCUGGGCUACCAUGAUGCACAUGGGAGAGGAUGGCUACAUAAAGGCCACCAAGAAGAUAAUUGACACUGCACGUACCAUCAAGACAGAAAUCCGUAAGAUAAAUGGGGUGUUUGUGUUUGGAGACCCUGAAGUGUCCGUGGUGGCAAUAGGCUCUGACGUCUUCGACAUUUUUCGUUUAUCCAAUGCACUGACUUCAAAGGGUUGGAAUCUCAACAUGCUACAGUAUCCAUCCAGCAUCCAUAUCUGUUGUACUGUACUGCACACACAUGAAGGUGUGGCCAAACAGUUAAUCAGUGACAUCAAAGAGCAGGUGGCUCUCAUUUUGAAAAACCCCAAUGAGAAGACCACUGGAAUGGGAGCAAUCUAUGGCAUGGCCCAGUCCAUCCCUGACAGAUCCAUGGUGACCGAGAUCUCCCGAGGCUUCUUGGACUGCCUCUACAGCACAGAGGAGCCCUUGUCGUCUCAGUCUCAGAAGACCCAUAUGAAUGGCAACGGCAAGGCCCACUGAGUCAGGAGUAGGCUGGCUGUGGCCUGGACACACACCUGGGUCAUGUUCAUUAGGGAACAUAAUGGUAAGCGUUGUGAAACGUUUUGCAACGGAAAAUGAAAAGGAGCGUUUACUGGAUAAGCUCAAGUAGUCCCUCCAUGUUUCAGUCCAUUUUCUUCAGGUCGGUGACUAAUGAACACGGCCCUGGUUACCAGCCUGCCUCCCCUCUGGUCCACCCACUACAUCACUCAACAUUUGCCUUAUCCUGCCCACCUUUUAUCUACCUACUCACCUUUUUUCAGAUAUGUUCUGAAGCACAAGCCAUUGUUUUUAGCUAUCUUGAGAUUUCUUCAAAUAUGUAGAAAGUGAAAGCACCUAUUAUACAAAAAUAUAUAGAAUAGUUGCUCAAACCAUUGAGGGGUUUUGGUCUGGUUGUAUUAAUUCUCCCCCACGAUGAAAUCAGGGAUGGGACUAUUGAUCUGUCUCCGUACAUUCAUACUUUAGUCACACGCGAUAUCUCAGACAGCACUGGCCCGAUUUUGACAAAACUUGUGUGAAUGAAGCGUCUGCCGUGAUAAACACUUAAUGCUACUCUUCUGACACCAAAUGAGCGAUCUGUAUGAAACAUCUAUGAACAAAGGUCUCUCGGCGCAAUAUUUUCCAGACUAGUACCUAAAACAACAUGGCCACUAUUGAGUAUGGCUAACCCUCGCAAUAUUUUGAUGGAACUUUGGGGAAUUAUGUCUUUUAGAAAAGUUUGUGGUCAUACGCACAUCCUUAACAACGUAGGGGCUGGGCUAAUAAAGAAUAUGUGUAAAGAACAGGAAAGCCUGCACACUGUUAAAGCUCCCAAUUCGCAGCUUUAUUCACAAUGUUUCAAUCCAAAACAGAUCUUCAUCUAGUCAAACAGACUGAGUGCUCACAUCCCAAAAUAUACACAUUUCACCUCAUGACGCAUGGUGGGUGUGGAAACAAUUCACUUUUGCGCAUAGUCAAUCAUAUAAUUAAUCCCAGAGGUACUCAUGGUCAUAAAGGAUUAAAUGCAUACAAAUUAAAACAUGGGCAACAGUAAAAAGAUUUGGAAACUGUUGGAAUACCCAACCAUAUGACCAUUACGUGCAGGUCGUGCAGUGGCCGUAGAUAUAAUUACAAUUACCUAUUUUUUUUAGAAAACAACUUGCCUACCUCUAAUAAUUUGAUAUCAAUGAGAUGGGCACAUGUAGUAGUUACAGAAAAUCAAAUGUACAAAAUGACCAAGUGGAGACCUGGAUGGCAAGACGAAUUGAACGUAGCAUAUUCAUGUAAGAAAUGGUCUGUUAUCAAACUCUUGGUUCAAACCUUUAGGAGACAUGGUGGACAAACGGUGAAUCCAAUACAAUUCUCUUCUCAGUAAUAGAUGAUCAGUAUCUCCCCUGCUCCUAGUAGCCUUAACAUGUUCAAUGUAUCUCAGAGAUCUGAUGUUGUGACGAACCUCCAUGAAAUGCACAGCCACAGGGUUUCUCUGAUCAAGAGAUCUAAUAUUAUUCCUGUGUUCUGCUAUCCUUGUUUUCAGAGAACGUUUCAUUUUUCCUACAUACCAUACACCACAAAUACACUUUUUUAUCAGAUAUACCACAUUUGUAGAACACGUAAUGAUACCCUUCAUCUCAAUGGCCUUGUCUGUGAUGGGGUAAUUGAACAUUGUGCAUUUGUCUACAUAACCUGGUUCAAACAUUCAUGACAUUACCCUGAAGAAGGCACAGUGAUGCCAAUUUUUUUUUUUUUUUUUACCCAAUAAAUUACUGGGAGUGUGAUACUUUGUUUUGAUAGUGACGAGCCUCCGUGAAAUGCGCAGCCACGGGGUUUCUCUGAUCAAGGGUCCUGAUAUUACUCCUGUGUUCUGCUAUCCUUGUUUUCAGAGAUCGUUUUGUUUUUCCUACAUAGCAUAGACCCUAAAUACACUUUCUCAGGUAUACCACAUUAGUAGAACAGGUAAUGAUACCCUUAAUCUUAAUGGGGUGAUUGAAAAUUGUGCAUUUUGUUAGUGAACGGGAUACAUCGGCCACAUCUUUAAUUACCAUCCAGCACAUUGUCUAGGAAAGUACUACGUGACACACGGUGGAAGAUCAGACCUCACCACCAUUUGGCUGAUUUUUGGAGACUCGUCUGAGGGUUCUUUAAAUGUCUUUUCCAGUCGUGGGUCAGUGCUCAAGAUGUGGAUUUUUUUUUCAUUUUAAAUUUAAGAUAUUGUUGAACUGUUUGUCAAGUGGAGUAUUGAAGGAACAAUUGGACUCGUUAGUCGAGGGCGGGAUGGUUUGGGUGUGAGUGUCAUACUGGGUCAUAUUUUUGUAACGGUCCCAUGCAGCAUGCAGCCAUUCCUCUGGGUUACCUUGCUGUCUGAAGUGCUCGUCCAGACCAUGUGCUUGUUUGUCAUAAUCACUCUGUACUACGGAUCCUGUGUAUGGGACUGUACAGGCUUGCGAAAGUAUUCACCCCCCUUGGCAUUUUUCCUAUUUUGUUGCCUUACAACCUGGAAUUAAAAUAUAUAUUUUUUUUUGGGGGUGUGUAUCAUUUGAUUUACACAACAUGCCUACCAUUUUGAAGAUGCAAAAUAUUUGUUAUUGUGAAACAAAGCAGAAAUAAGACACACAAACUAUUUAGCGUGCAUAACAAGACACACCCCCCAAAGUCAAUACUUUGUAGAGCUACCUUUUGCAGCAAUUACAGCUGCAAGUCUCUUGGGGUGUCUCUUAGCUUGGCACAUCUAGCUACUGGGAUUUUUGCCCAUUCUGCAAGGCAUAACCUUUUUUAUUUCACUUCAACAAUUUUGACUUUUUGUAUAUGUCCAUUAUGUAAUUUUAAAAAAUCCACUUAAAUUACAGGUUGUAAUGCAACAAAAUGGGAAAAAUGCCAAGGGGGAUGAACACUUUUACAAGGCACUGUAUUGGCUGAUAGGGGGGCUCAUAAGGGUGUAAGCUAUCUCUGUGUAACAGGGAAUUCCUGUUCCGCCGGCUCCCUAUAGGUCGGUGCUAAAGCCAACUCCCUCUAUCAAAAUGUCUUGCCCUAGAGAUCUAGCAUUUACAGAAUUACUCAUUGGCCCAAGGGAGGCACUACAGUAAUCAACUAUAUGUACAUUAGUCACAUGCGAUAUCUCAGACAACUGCACUGCAUCAUUUGUGGAGGAUGACAUGUUCAUUGUUGCCUUGUUUAACACCUGAUUUACUUAACAAAAAGCACAUCUCAAUAGGUGGUUCAGGUAAAUCAUGAUAUCGCUAAAGGGGGACUUUCCUAUUUUUCUCUAUUGCGCCUCUACUUUUCCUCAAGCAAGGGAGAGGCUGACUUUGUUUUUACCCUUUAGUGUGUGUACUUUGGGAUAUCGCUUUAAACAGUAAAAAAAAUGUUUUUGCCAAAGGACAUCUUUCAUACUCAAUGUUCCAGGUACAACAGUGUUUGUCAGUCUCUGAUUCAUCUACAACAAAUAAUGGUUUUAACUGAAAAGCACUAAUGUCCAAGUGAAAUAAAUACUUACCCAGCGAA